ACCGUCUGUUCUCUUGCGGAGCUUCUUCGAUGACUGGGAUUGAUUGGUGCCGCCAGCCAGGUGCUUAGAUGUGCCGCAGGAGCAUCGUAUUUCGAUGCCGAUAGCGUAUGAUGGCGAUGACGAGGACCGCACUCGAACUUCAGAAUUGUCGACUGAUGUUGCUACGGAGGGUGCGACUGGAGGGCUUGACCCUAACUACGUUCCUGAGCAGCAAGACCCCUCAAGUGCUUAUGAAGAAUCCGAGCCGGAAGGUGAAGCUGUCGAACGCAGAUAUACGGAGGGGACGGUCGUCGAGGUGGCUCGAGCUCCAGUAAGUGCUAUAAAUGAGCCGUCGCCCCAGGAGGGGGCGGUCGCCGACAUGGCUGAGGCUCCAGUAAGUGCUAUGGAUGAGCCGUCGACUAGGGCGAAGACGACUGGAGUUAGUACUAUUGUUGGAUGUGGUUGCGGAGCAGCAAAGGGGUGGGGAGACGGUGAGGACGACAAGGAAAAGGUUGUCGAUCUGGACGUCGGGUACUUUCUGGAAUGGAAAGAGGGUAUAAAGAAAGAUGUCACUCUUCCUAUCAACCCGGAGAGGGUAUUGGAGUUGCCGGCGUGGGAAAGGCCAUACAAUCAUCGUUUGAUCGACCCAACGCGCACGGCAUAUAUAUUGCAGUCUAUGAUGGAUGCCUUCAAGAAGAAAGGAAAGACGUACGAGAAGCCAAUUUUAAAAUUGACGCCAAUUGCAGGGCUUCCUAGCCCAGGACGGAAGGUUGUUCGUGUGACCCCGGACAAAUUCAAUGUGGAGAACCCGAACGAACACUGGUACGACGCUGUCAGCGGGCAACACAAUGUCAAGGCUGCGCUGGAGUUGAGAAACCACGAGAUUUGGGAGAAGCAUACCUUUUACGACUGGCCCUUCAAGCCUUUGUACUUCGCCGACGAGGACUUUGACGGUUAUACGCAGAUAAGCGUGAACGAGAAUAGGAAGGACAAGUCAGCCCCUCCUCGGGAUCAGCGGCUGUCAAUGAUAGACAUUCGUUAGGACUAGAAUAACUUGAAGCGUCCUCGUGCUGUCACCGGCAAUAUAAAUUUCAAGAGGGAUUUGGUUAGUAAAUAUGAAGAGUUUCA